UUGACGUCUUGAAUUUUUUAAAAAUGGUUUCAAGUCAGAAUUGGUAGGUUAUGUCCAGCAAUACGCACUUUCUGCAUCAGAACUGCGUGUUUAGAACACAAUUCUCACUUCAUUUCAAGCAAUUCCAAGUUUAUAUUUUGCAAUUUUGUAUCAUAUGAUAGCUCUGACUUUCUCAGGAUUUAACACAAUUCUCACUUUUUCACAAGUUUAGCCUUUAUUUGGAGUUAAUUCUCACAAUUCAGACUUUUUUCUCACAGUUUGGAGUUUAUAUCCUACAAUUAAUGAGUAAACAUUUAACUUUUUUUCUCAGAAUUGCACAUUUUCGAGUAUAUAUCCCACAAUUUUGCAUUAAAAUCUCACAAUUCUGAGAACGACGCACCGUUCAGAGUUUCUAAAGACUGUUUUCUCCAAAACUGCAAGUAUACAACCUGCAAUUAUUACUUUAUUUUUUUCUCUGAAUUCUGGGUUUGUCUUUCACAAAAUGCAUAUUCACUUUAAGAAAUGUGUUGGUGCAUUCCUUGUUUUAUUCAAAUUAAUGCACAAAGUGACGACAUGCAUUCUCAGAGUAACAAAAUCAGUAUUCUAAGUAGUAAAUAUAUUAGAUUUAUGUAUAUGUUUUCAUUCUAAUGCAGAAGCUGGCUCCCGUACAGACCGACUGUAGCUUUUCUGGAUGCUUCUUGCUCGUUUCCGGACGGUGUUCUUGUGUUUUCAGGUAUAUUAUCGGGAAGAAGGGAGAGACUCGUAAGCGACUGGAAUCAGACACCAAGACUUCCAUCAGCAUCCCAAAACAAGGCGUGGAAGGACAGAUCGUGGUCACAGGUGCGCACAGAGCAGCCGUCGCCUCAGCUGUAACCCGCGUUGAGGUUCUGAUCGACAGCUUUCGGAGGAAGCAGCCGUUCACACACUUCCUGUCGUUUGCUCUAAAUCAUCCCCAGGUGCAGCAGGGCUUCCUGCGCUUCCGAGAGCAGGUGCUGGAGCGCUGUGGACAGGACGCAGGGGUGGAUGAGAGUAUUUUCCAGAACCCAGCCAAGCUGCACCUGACCAUCGGCACUCUGGCCCUGCUGAACGAACAGGAAGUGACACGCGCAAGCAAGCUCCUGCAGCAGUGUCAGGAUGUCAUCAGAGAUAUAACUGAAGCAAAACCACUUCCUGUGGAGGUCCGAGGAAUUGAAUAUAUGAAUGACGACCCGUCGAUGGUGGACGUUCUCUAUGCCAAAGUCAGGGUUCAAGAUGGAUCUGACAAGCUCCAGCAGAUCGCAGACAGGCUGGUGGAGUGUUUCGCAGCAGCUGGUCUGAUGGAGCGAGAGCGGGACCGAGUGAAGAUUCAUGGCACCGUCAUGAACACACUGUUCCGGAAAGAUCCAUCAGCGGAGGAUAAAUCAGCUUCAGCAAGACCCGGCGCUAAAGAUCGAGAAGCUUUUAAUGCCAAAAACAUCUUACAGAUGUUCGGCGAGGUUUAUUUCGGCGCGUUUGAGCUGAAUUCGGUGCAGCUCUCUCAGAGAUUCUCCACUGAUGACACGGGAUACUAUUCCUCAGCGGGACGCGUCACUUUCUCAUGACGGGACACUAAAACACCGCUCGGGACUUUGCUGAUGAAUGCAUCCAAACUCACUGUUUUGAAAUUGGAUUAAGCAUUAAUAAUGUCAUGCAAUGUAAAUAUUAAUACAAAUACCAUAAAGAGCAUUUCAAUGGAA